GCUACUACGAGCUGCUGACACGCCUCUCUGACCAAGACUUCCUGCGCACAAUGAUGGACAGUGUGGCCAUCGACCACCACGGCCACAAGGGCGGCCAAGACCUGCGCCAACGCAAGAACAACCCUAAACCCCAAGGAACUGAAACAUGGCUGUCAUAGGCCACGGCGGCACCGACAUUAUCCGCCAAUUGGUGGGUAAUGUCGUGAAUAUCUUCAAGAAGAAACGUGCGCCUUGCACCUCCCCCUGCGAUGGACUUGUCCUCAAGAUGCAUUAUCAGUGGACCUUCUGGCUAUUGCUUGCUGGGUUCUCUGCUGUCUGGUAUUCCUGGUACCACCGCGACGUGAUCACUUGUGUGUCACACUUCAACGCUGAGACCCAGGUGCGCCUGGACUACAUCAACAUCUGCCUCUCCUACCCCUACGUGGAGGAGGGCAGCACAGACCGCAGAUUCCUUCUUUUCUACAGAUGGAUCCACUGGACUCUCCUGGUGCUAGCUGGCAUUUACUACAUCCCCCGAAAAAUCUCCAAAAACUCAGAAAACCCAAAGGUAAAGAAGCUCAUUGAGGACCUCGCUGUGAAUUCUCACCGGUACGACCAGAUAGAGAAGGAGCUGGUGGACCGGGCCGCUCGCUUUAUUGCCAACAACCUCAAGACCCACAAUGGCCUUUACUACAAGUUUGUCAUUUGUAAUGUAGUAGCUCUUAUUGUUGAUAUUAUUAGUUUCCAGUUCCUGGACUUUGUGUUCCAGGGACGUUUCCUCCACUAUGGGUGGAUGGCCUACCCGUACACCCGAGACCCAGUCAAUUUCUCUGAUUACAUGUCCAGAACGUUCCCGCCCUUUGCCAAGUGUGAGCUGGGCGUUGUCAACAAAUUGGUCGGCCAGAGGACUGAGAAAUUUGGUUGUCAUUUAACGGUGAUGGAGCUGUACGAGAAAGUGUUUCUGGGUGUGUGGGUGUGGCUCAUUCUGCUGACCACCAUCACUUGUGCUUACUUGAUCUUCCUUGGCUUCAUGUGGCUGCCAUACUUCCGACUCAUGAUGCUGAAGGUUGCCAAGCCCCUCAAUGCCAAAGACACAGUGAGCAACACCAUAGUCUCCGUGGUUAAUUGCUGCAAGAUUGGGGACGUGUACCUCCUCUAUCGCCUCAAGCAGCACCUGAGCCACGCGCGCUUCUACGAACUCCUGACACGUCUCUCUGACCCCGAGCUCAUCAAGACCAUGCUGGAGGAUCCGGCAGACAGGGCCGUCCAUGCCAGGAACCAGGACAACUUGCGCAACAGGAAGCCAAACAUUACCAUGGGUCCGAAGGGGAAGUUCAGCAACCCCGAUAUCUUCAUCCCACAGGACUACGGUCGACCCAACACAAGCAUCCUGGUGGAGUAAUGCUUACGUUUAGGCUGAGAAGUACUUACUGGCGCCAGGGGAGGGAGCUUAGCCUGUCGCGCUUCAGUGUUGUAUUUUUUUUAUUUAUUCUUUUUAUGAAGUAGAUGUGUAAGCUCAAAGUCCAUAGGGGUGGAAAUUGAUGCUUCUGCCUCUCCUUGUAGCAUAACUUUCAUUAGUGAUACACAAACUAUUGACUGUGUUAUUUUUACAACUGUUUUGCCUUUUGUCUUGUGGCUGUUGACUGAGGGAGAAAAGGCUCAUGGAUGAAUUGUGUAAUGACCGUCCACACAUGUUGUCUCCUGUUCAUAUUUUAAUGUAAAAAAAGUUAGUAUUUAUAAGCGUUUUGGUAGGGUGUCUCAAUGCCAUGGCGUUGUGUGGUUCGUGACGUCUGUGUUCAUGUUGCAUUCAGUUCAGGCGCGAUGCCUCGGGGCCUCGUGCUGUGCCAGGACCCAACGUGACGUUCCUGCUUUGUGUUGGGCUGGACACUUCCUACACAGCACAAUGCUGCUGGGUUACAUCCGGUCCACAGCACGAUGCUCCGGUGUUGCUUGAUAACGUAGUGUCUGGUGUUGCAUUCAUAUUGCUGUGUAACACCAUGGUGCUGCUGUGCUGCUGAGCAUAAUGCUGUGGUGUUGUGUUGACUUAGCUACACGCAUGGUGGAUGGGCUUGAAAGAGAAUGUGAUCUGUGAAUUUUUUUAAUGUUGAUGUGUGACUGUGUUCUUUUUAGCAGGUUGCCCAAGCCAGGCAGUAAAAGAAGCAUUUAACAGAUUUCUGCUUUUGAUCAAUUUUAUUAUUUGGCCUUUUAUGAAAUUUUACUGCUUGACAUUUUUUUACCUAUAUUUAAAUUUUGUUAUGACUUAAGAUAAACUGUUAUUGCAAGUAAUAUCUUGACAUUUUUUAUGACAUGCCAGUGUAUGAAUGACUUGCUAUCAAUGCCAUAAUGGAUGACAAUCAUGCUGUCAUUUUUUGUACUAUUGAGAAUAAACUUUUACAUAUA